AUGCUCGAAGUGGUCUGUGACGCCGACUAUGCAGGCCAACGUGACACAAGGAAGAGUGUGAGCUCAGUCCAGAUCUUCCUGGAUGGAUGCCUGCUGGAGAGCUACGUGAAGAGUCAAAGAGCAAUAGCACUCUUGUCAGGGGAGAGUGAAUACGUGGCCAUGGUUGGAGGAUGCAGUGAAGGCCUGUUCCUCAGACAUUGCUGGAAGUUCUUGACCAACGAGGACCUGGACAUGGUGUGCCGCAGCGAAUCAUCUGCAGCCAGGUCUCUGGCAGGCUGCGUUGGUGUCGGACGGACACGCCGCAUUGCAGCGGGCUUGUUGUGGCUCCAGCAAAAGGUGAGCUUGAAGGAGUUGAGGAUCACAGGAAUUCCAACAGCUGUGAACACCAGCGACAUUGGGACCAAGAUCUCAAGUAAGGCCAGGAUGAGUGGCCUGAAGUACUUGAUCAAGAUGGUUGACGGCGAUGACGAGAAGAUCGGCAAGUCCCAUUAUCAGGAGAUAAAGUCAAAGGAGGAGCUCACGAAGAACACAAGAAAGAUGGCGAAGAUGAUGGGUGCAAACGCAAAGGUGGCAUUGUUGAUUGCUUUGUCACUACUACAAGGAGGACAGGGAGCAGAAGCUGAGCACCCAGAGGUUGAAGAAGAGGAGAACGAUGAGGCUUGGUGGAUUCGGCCAUUGAUCACCAUGAUCUGCUUGGCCAGCAUCGGGGCCUUGAGCUUGGCACGGAUGGCCAUUGAAGCUAUGAAGACGUGGUGCCUUGGGAGACGAGUUCAUGGAGAGCCCAUCGAGGAGAAUGAAGAUGAAGGAAGAGUUGAUGAAGUGGCCACGCCGCUUGUGGCAAUCGCCGAACAGGAGGAAAAGUUGAAUGACGCCCGACGAGAUCAAAACCUACAAGCACGUGAAGUGGUCCGCAUGUACAACAUGUGUGCGGAUCUACGCUUUGAGCUCGAGAAUGUGACGAAUGAAAGGGAUGAAGCCAAGAAGAAGCCGGAACAGAAGAUGAGCGAGCAAGGGAGAUGGAAAGAAUGGCAGAAGAUGCCGCAAAGGCAAUUCUCGGCCCAGGACCAGUAUGGUGCGAACAACCUCACAGUGCAGAGGAUCACUCAAGUCCUAGCCCGCCACCAAAUUGGUGCGAAGAACUUGACCGUCAUGCCUGGUGAUGAAUCUCUAUGUUCAGUGGAGUGGGGUAUGAACAUCGUGAAGCUACGGAAGUGUACUCCAGAGGAACGAGCUUUCAAUCCAGUUUUUAAAAUAAAUACUUUGUGUUUGUGCAUCCAACCCUGCCAGAAGAUGGAUGCGUGGAUUGAAGAGGCCAAAUCGACCAAUCCAACUGUUUGA